UUUAAUAUGUAAAUAGCCUUGUCGGAUCACAGGAAUAUGUAUAUAAAAGGUAAUCUUACACUUAAGAAACACUUGUCUUUGUAUUCCCCGUGAACUAGGACUCUCGAGAUAAUAAAAGAAACAUGAAGUGUGUAAUAGUGCUGUCUGCAUUAUUGUUUAUCGCUGCUGCCGAAUUAUACAGCAGUGAAAAUGACGAUUUGGAUAUUGAAGCGGUAGUUGGCGAUCCUGACACCCUCAAGGUGUUCCUCGAUUGUUUCAUCGAUAAAGGCACCUGCAACGAAAAAACGAGGGACUUUAAGAAAGACAUACCAGAAGCAGUUGUCGAAGGUUGUGCCAAAUGUACUGCAGCUCAGAAGCAUAUCUUCAAACGUUUCCUUGAAGUACUGAAGCUGAAAAACCCAGAAGGCUAUCAAGCAUUCAAACUAAAGUAUGACGUUGAAGACAAAUAUUUUGCUGCAUUGGAAUCAGCUAUUGCAAAUGCUUAAAACUUCUCUGAUACAAUUUUAACCGAUUAAAAUGAUUUUGAUUUAAAUAUAAAAAUAAAUAAUAAUUUUCUAAUUUU